AACACAGCACAGCUGUUCAUGUUUUUUUGACAGCGCUUUGGGGGAGUGCCGUGGACGUGAAGAAUUUUUUUCCAACAGUAUUAAAUUUUAUAUUCAACCAAAAUGGCUGAGCUAAUGAAGGAUUUUGAUAAACCCGACUUCAGUGUAGACAAAUACACCAAACAACUAGUGAAGGAAUGUGUUGGUGGCGCCGAUUUGCAACAACGCAAGAAGGAAAUUCAAGUUUAUUGCGAUCAGACAUCAGCAACACUUAAAAAAUCUGUAUAUGCCAAUUAUAUGCAAUUCAUCGAAACUGCAAAAGAAAUUUCACAUCUCGAAUCUGAAAUGUACCAGUUGUCCCAUAUACUCAUCGAACAGCGUAAUAUACUCGGCUCACUGACCGACGAAAAAACACCAGGCAAUGCGCAGCAAAGCGAAGAAGGUGAUGAACAGCCUACACAGGAGGAAGUGGAAAAUAGUCAUGCUACACGCGCCGUGAAGGAAAUGGUACAGGGCUUUAAUGGAAAUCUUGAGGGUAAAACAUUUCUAAACGAGGGUGCUCUAAUUGAAUUGGACGCUAAUGAUUAUCGGCCAAUACAACGUGUAUUUUUCUUUCUCUUCAACGAUGUGCUUAUCGUAUGCAAAGUCAAACAUGACAAACGCUUAGAGUUUCUUACUGAGUAUGAUCCCAAGAAGAUUGCUGUAAUUAAUAUUAAAGAUUUAGAUGGCGUGCGCAAUGCAAUAAAUAUAAUAACGCCAGAUGGUUCAAAGAUCUUUCAAAGUGUUACUGCCGCUGGCAAGACGGAGUGGAUAGAAAAAUUGGAAGUUGCCUUUCGCUUUGAUCAACAAAAGAAAACGAACAAAAAGGGACCUGCGCCGCAGCCACCUAAAACCAAACAGUCAUCAGUACAACAGAAGGAUUCACCAAGUGACACUAAAUCGUUGCUCUCCGAACUCAGCCCCACUGAUGCAAACGCUGGAAAAGUUGUAGAAAACUAUGGACCAGAAUGGAUACUGACGGCUAGCGAAGAAAUACAAACACUUAUCGCUCAAAGGCAUUUCGAAGAUGCGCAAACGCUAAUUCAACGUACACAAGAUUAUUUAGCAAAGGACGCAAGUUUUUUAAAUGCAAAAGAAAUCAACGAGAAAGUGAAAACAUUAGAAACACAACUUACUGAUGUGCUGUUACAGGAGCUUUCCAAUUGUCAUUGUCGCAAUUUGCAAGUAACGCUGCGUGCCUCACGGCGUUCGUUGCAGAUACUCGUCGAAAUGGGACGUGCACGACAGGCUUGCGGCACGCUGCUUAAAGUCGCCACAAUGGCUUUACGUACGGCACAACGAGAGGCGCGUCGCAAUAAUGCUGAGAUAUCGGAGUUAUUUUUCUGCGACUUGGCACAGGUGGCAUGUGAAUUUUUAAGUGCCUUCGAGGCUCAACCGGCAUGCGUUAGCGCGCUCGUUGUUUGGUGCAAUGCCGAGCUGCAAUACUUUGCCAGUCAGCUAAUAAAACAUUACCUUACGAAAGGCACACACCUGGACGCUGUAGCAAAGUGCAUUGAAGGCAUACGCAUGCCGUGCGCUAAGCUAACCGAAAUCGGUUUGGACCUGUCCUACCACCUCGAGGGCCUCUUACGCAGCACACUAGAAUCUCUGAUCGAGGAAUCACGUGUACGUUUACUGGAGACCGUUGGACGUAGUGAAGACACCUGGCAACCAUACAAUUUGCAAACCAAAAGCAACCUAAAACGUUUGCUAUUAGAAUUGGAUGCACUUGGUAUCGACAUGCGUGCACAUACCACAGGCGACACUUGGAUUAAUCUCACACAAUCCACAGUGAUGUUUACACGCCAUUAUUUGCAAUUAACGGCGCAAUGUGCCUACUUGGCCAAAAGUGAGGUGCUAUGGCCCAAUUUGGAGAUGUUGUUGCGGGACCUUAUGUUGGCCCAACAAGCCGUGAAGCCAGUAGCGGGAUUGAGUGUGGAUCCGAAUUUCGUGCUUAAGAAUAAACUGUUUCUACUUGAAGAGUUAUUGCCCAUUGCUAUUGAUAAUUUCCAACGCAUAAGCGGCAGUGAACGAAAAUGUGAAAUAUUGCAGGAAUUGCAACGUCAAUUGCGCAAACAGAUGGCGCCUGUGCCCAAGCAACGAAGUGUUUACCAAACUGAUGUAUUCUAAGGGAAGCGAGCGAGUAAGCGGCGCUUUUGAAUCAGUGCGCUGCAUAUAAAUUAUCAAAUGUAUUAUAUUAUAUAAUAUUAGCGUGGGGAAUAAAACAUCCAUUUCUCGGUAGAUGGCUGUAGUGAUCGAGCUCUCGUAAAGUAUCGAUCAAACAA